CAAAAAUCGAUCUGGUUGUCCCAUCAGGGGUGAACAAUGCUGUGCUGCUCCUUGGGUACAGUAUUGUUAAUAAUGUUGUUGAACCUUGUCAGGGAAUCAAUGUUGACGAAAUCACGAUGCAAUGUUGUUGUAACAAGCUGCAACAACAUUGAUGACUCAACAAUUUACAUAUUUGUUGCCUGCGCAGAAGUUGCCUGCCCGUGCAGGUCGAAUUUGCGAAAAGUGAACGCGCGAUGUUUUCUUCCAGACGAUUUAAAGGACUAUUCGUACUUCUUGUCGCGUUCUUUCUGGUCUGUUUUUUAUAUUCCUUUUUCGUAAGCGAUAAACGCUUAUGUACUUCACCGACAGCGAGCGAUUCUUUCGUAGCAUCAGGGAAAACGGCAGCAAAUAUUGACAUUAUAGCAUUGACGCUCAAAGAUUUGAAUCAAACUUUGUCGAAAUUUGUGAGCAGAUUUCAUCAUGAAGCGAAUACGAAGAGUGCGACGACAAAACCAACUGCAAAAUCAACUUUAAAAUCAACUUCGAAACCAACUUCAAAAUCAACUUCGAAACCUUCCAUUGAUAUCGUCAACGACUAUUAUCCCUUUGUGGAUUUCAAGUUUGUCUUUCCGGAAAUAAUCCCAAAGGUUGAAACGACGCCGAAUAUAUUUAUGAUUGUUUUGGUCAAUUCUGGCGCUAAAGGAGAUGAGUUCAGAAAACGUCGCGAGGCCAUCCGACAAACCUGGGGAAAUCGGGAAAACUGCGAACAUCGUCAAGCCUCGCAAGAUGAAAGAUUAAAACACUUAAGAUGGCUGCUCGUAUUUGUUGUUGGAAAAGCAGGAACUGGAACGAACGACGAUGAAUUGAAUAUGGCUGAAGCUCGACAACACAACGAUAUGUUGAUUGGAAAUAUCACUGACAACUAUAUUAACAAUAUUAUCAAGUUUUACAUGGGACAGAUUUGGGCGAGUAGAUUUGAUGUAAAAUACACAAUGAAAACAGACGACGAUGUUUACGUGCGUAUACCACGCGUGUUGGAGUAUCUUGUGCAUGCGAAGUUUCCAAGGCUGUUUUACGGUGGUAUGACAUACUUGCCGAUCCCGGUUAAUCGAGCUAUUGGAGGGAAGUGGACAGUGAGUUGGAAAUACUUUGGUGAAGUGAAUUUUCCAAUGUUCAACGCCGGUGUGUUUAUUAUCCUCUCGUCAGACCUGCUGUACAGAUUGUUUAAUUAUGCACAUGUAAGAAAACCUUUUCAUACGGACGACGCGUAUGUGGGGGUCGCGAUGCGGGAUUUCGGAGUGAAAGUUACAACGAUAUUUUCGCUUGGUUUAAGACCUGAUAUGAACGAAUUUGUGCGAAAAGAAAAAGACUGUAAAAUACUAGGAAUUGAUGGCUUUGCGCAUAACAUGGACCCACAGUCGACGAGAUUUCUUUUUGAACGUCUUGAGAAAUUAGUUUGUCGUAGUAAUCUAGUUAAAUGUUAAACUCCGGUAA